GCCGGGUGGAGAAGAAUUUGGCUUCCCUUUGUGUCUGUGAAAGGAGGGAGACUGUUUCCUGCUACUUGUUUAGAGAAUGGGCUGUUUCCUCACUGUCACUUAUCGUCUCACACUUCUAACUUAACUCUCUCAACUGAAUGUGAAAGGUGUUUGGAGAUGGCUGAUAGCACGAUUUACUGCACGUUAGAGUUUCCUGCCACUUCUCAAGGCCGGGAGGACUGCAGACCACAGCCAAAAGCUGUGUUUUCCCGACGGCGCUCUCUUCCUUGCCUCAUGGCUGUGGCUUUGGGGCUUGUGACUGUGAUUCUUCUGAGUAUCCUGGUCUACCAACAGAUUCUGUGCUAUGGCUCCAAGGACUCCACUUGUGACCGCUGUCUCAGCUGCCCAAACCUCUGGCUGAGAAAUGGUAGCAAUUGUUAUUAUUUCUCAGUGAAGAAAAAGAACUGGAAUUCUAGUCUGGAAUUCUGCACAGACAAAGACUCAGAUCUCCUUAUGUUGAAGGACAGCCAGGAAAUGUACCUAUUUCAAGACUCCCUAAACCAGGAAUUUCACUGGAUUGGUCUGAGGAAUAAUUCUGGUUGGAAGUGGGAAGAUGGAUCAGUUCUAAACUCAAGGAUUAAUUCCAACAGUUUGGUCCAGAAGUGUGGUGCCAUCAACAAAAGCGGACUUCAAGCCUCUAGCUGUGAAGUUCCUUUGCAGUGGAUCUGUAAGAAGGUCAUAAGCUGAUGAAUACCGCUAUGUCCUGAGCCUCAGAUCUGUCAUAGGAACCUUCAAAAGAGGAAACUGGCUUCUGGGAUAUUUGGUCAGCCAUGAGUGUGUUUUUAACAAAUGCCAAAUCUGCUCUGAUGUGGCCCUAGAUAGAAGAUUAGCACGUUCUCUGAGAAUGCACACUUUCCCGCUGGGUUUUCACUGAGACUAUUUCAGUAUUAUGUUUGCAAUUUAAAGUGCAGACCUAGGCAACUCUGUGCAGAAAUAUGCUGUGGUGGGGGCACAUAAUAGUGGUUACUAGAGUCUAGGAGAGCGAGGGGAUGGUUAGAUUGAGUAGUGAUUUCUAGUGCUUUGUAGCUCAGUAGGGUGACAAGAACAAUCAAUAAUUAUCCCAUGGCUGAUGGUUUAUUGUGGAUUUCAAAAUAGCUAGACAAGAGAACUGUGAAUGUUCCCAAGUGCCCAAGAUGAUGGAUAUGCUGAUGACCCCCAUUAGAUCAUUACAUGUUUUACCUGUAUUGCACUAU